GCCAGUACUCACAACCGUUUGUAUUAAUAUAUCAUUAUCAUUAUCAUUAUCAUUAUCAUUAUCGCAAUAUUACGAAAUACCAAUUAGAUCAUCGAGGUCGUCCCCUAUCUGCAGUAUACGAUGCGGGAAGACAGUGAUCGACAACCCUGAUGCCUAAUGCCACCAUCUCUUCGCUCACCCCGACACAUUUCUUGGGUCUGCUUGUCUUUGGAUCAAUGCGGAGGAAGGGCUUAUCUAUAAUUACAUGUGCUAUAGACUUAUCAUCUAAUAUGCGAAAUACGAACCUUUUGAGUUUCCAGCUAAAGAAUUAACCUCACUGCUGUGCUGUGCUUGGUCAAAGGAUCGCCUGCAAUGCGGAGGAUUAUAACUCUUACCUUAUCUGCUUAUACUUCGCCCAGCACAGCAUUCACGAAUCGCGAAUGUCUUAUAGCGCCACAUAACGGUACAUAAUCACUACUUUCCCAACUUUAACUUAGAGUUCUAUUCACUGCCAAAGGCGACGAAUUGUCCCAAUACCUACUCACGAAUACAAAAAAGAUCAGUGGCGUUCAAUUAGGCAAAACACCCACCCUACGGGAAAUCUCCAGACGCUAUACUCGAGAGACUAAGCACCCAUAACCAUGAUUUACUAGUUAUAUAUAACCAUAAGAAGAACCAUCAUCAUAUUAUCAUGGCUGAAGCGGCUUUUUUCUACAGCACAACGCUCCAGAAACCGAAUCGUUCAAAAGCACCAUCCGCACAUACAAACUUAUCCAUACUCUCGCAAGCCCUACCCAUCAGACCAUUUUGCAAGAACAAAGCCCCUCGAUCAAGAGCCCCAUCAAAGUCCAGCUCAGAAGGAAACGAAUUACAACAGAUAGAACCCGACCCUCCAGUUGCACCACAUAAUCUCCAACAAAUCCUCUCAUUCCCAAGCGGUCUUGUGGGAAGUCCGAUUUUCAAAAGCGAUAAGAGUACCGCUAACGAUUCUUUUUCCUUUUCCGAGGUAUUGAUAAACACCACUAGCUCGACUCCGGGUGUGGGUAUGCUUUCAACCCCUUUAGUCAAUUACAAACACUCCGCAAAUCAAAGCAAUAAAGCCCGGACCGCAGCAGAAGCAGAAGCGAAAGCGAAAGCGAAGCGCAAAUCAUCAUCGACUUCGGGCCAUUCAACUCACUACUUCAAAAAUGCAAGCGGAGUGGAACGGUAUGCCUCCACCAAUUCCGCCGCCCACCAGCAGCAGAGAGGAGAUUCAGAUUCCGCAGACAGAGCAGCUAGUAUUUCUAGCGCAACAGGUUCGAGUCAAAUCUCGAAGAUAAAUUCGCGAGAUCGAGAUCAACAUCGUGAUUGCGAUCGUGACCCGUCAGGGUCAUCAACAGAAGCUUCCAUGGCGCAACCAUUCACCAAACGACAUGGUCGUCGAUAUCUACGAGAUCCCUCGUUGGCAUAUCCCCUACCAUGCGAUCUUCCCGAAAUCCAUCGCCAGACUUUACGAACGAUGUUAUUAUGUCAAGUCUUCAAUGGACCGACAUGUUCAUCAGCUUUCAACAGCAGACCCCCGAAACGAGUACUCGAGGUUGCUUGCGGCACAGGCUUUUGGAGUGUGAUGUGCCACAAACACUUUGCGCAUAAAGGUCACUCUUCGAUACAAUUUACGGGUAUAGAUAUCGCACCGCUGGCUCCUCGCAUGGAUGUCGAUGAUGAUAUGAAUUGGCGUUUCGUGCAGCACGAUUUGCGAAAGACGCCCCUCCCCUUUCGCGACGAAGAAUUCUCACUUAUCAUGGUCAAGGACAUGAGCAUGAUAUUAUCUACAAAAGACAACGAACGCUCACAGGCUUUGAUGGACGAAUAUUUACGGAUAUUAAAACCUGGAGGAGUCCUGGAGGUUUGGGACGGCGAUCAUACUAUUCGAAUGCUUUUAUCACAUGCACCACCUGCCACGAAAGACCAAGACAAUUCUAAUCAAGCUCACAAACAAAUAUACACCAAUGCCAUGGGCGCAUAUACUAUCACACCACAAACACCUUUAGCAACGCCACAAAAUCAAUAUCUCAUAGAUUACAAUACAUGGAUAUCCAAGGCCCUCGAAGCUCGAGGUUUACCCCCUAUGCCUUGUACAAGUAUCCGAGCUAUGCUGCUCCAAGAAGCCGAAGUCCUCGAACAAAUCCAAAGUCGAAGACUAGCAAUCCCGCUUGGUGAAGUACGUUGGGAGCGUGAAGGAGUCGGCGGAUCCGCCACCUCCACUAAUGGAGUUGACGGAUCGAGAGGCAAAGCCAAGGAAGCUGAUCGAAAGCAUCUUACACCAGGACAAGCUGCUCUUCGCAGGACCGCAUUGAUGAGCAUUAUACAACUGGUCCAGAGUCUGGAACCAUUAUUGAAGGAAGCGAGUGGGAAAAAUAUGGACGAAUGGGAUCGUUGGCACGGAAACUUAAUGACGGAUUUGUUGAAGAAUAAUGGUACAUCCUGGGGAGAAUGUCUAGAAGUCGGUGCUUGGUGGGCGAAGAAAAAAGAUCCGAAGUCUGAUUCGAGUAAUUGAAGAGGUCAUUCAAAUGUUCCCGAGUUUACCUAAUUCUCCAUCGAUUUUCCUCCUUCCUCAUGUUUAUAUUACCACCUUAAUUGUUCUUUUCUGGAAUCGCCUCUACCAAUAUCACAUUCACCACGUCCCGUACAUAUUCACCGCCUCUCAUAUACACCGCGCGCUCGAAAAUAGUUCUCUCAUCCUACAACACCUCGAGGCCAGGAUCCAAGUCUUCUUUCUGGAUUCACCAUCCGUAUAAUAUCCCGUCCAUAAAGGACUUUAUCUAUCUAUCUGCCUU